UCCAUGUUCCAGCACUGGGCUUUUCCCAACACUCCCAAAACACACACAGCACCCAAUACAAGCGACAAUGAGCUCCUCCUCCUCCUGCGACGUCUGCAAGGCAAAAGCAUGGAAGUACAAGUGCCCCGGCUGUGCUCGCCGAACCUGCUCCCUAGAAUGCUCCAAGGCCCACAAAGCCUCGUCCGGCUGCACCGGCCAACGCAGCAAAACCCACUACAUCAAGCUGAAGGAGUACACGCCUAACGACAUGUCCAGUGACUACGUCUUCCUAGAAGACAUCCACCGCACGGCGGACAACGCCUCCCGCGAAAACACCCGUCUCACAACCUCCCAUCGUCCGCAUUCAAUCCGCCACCAACACCUCCUCCGCGCCUGCCGGGCCACCUCCACCCAACUCACAUUCAUGCCCCCCGGGAUGCACAGGCACGACAUCAACCAGAGCGUCUACAUCACAAAACAUAAAUUCCUCUCUUGGACCGUCGAGAUCAUCUUCCCUGACGCCCUAACCAUCCCGGACUCAAAUCGGGAUAAACCCGUGGCGGUAUUGGAACACCGCGUGAAAGACACGACACCCGUGAAAACCCUCCUCACCACCGUCCUAUCCCCACACGAGGGUAACGCACUCCUCCUCCACCAACUCGCACCGUACACGGCGAAACAGGCGGAUCAGUUAUUCGUGUAUCUGAAGGUGGAGGGCAGGCCGGCGAACGAGAGGGUUUAUAGGGAGGUUGGGCACGGGGAGACGGUGCGGGAUGUUUUGUGGGGUGAGAGGGUUGUGGAGUUUCCGACGUUUGUUGUUUGGUUGGGGCCGCCGGAGGGUGUGACUGUGUUGCCGUGUAGGAAGAGCAACACCGUCGUCAUACAUCCCGAUGGAGUCGACGCAAAGCGAACUGGAGACGCAGAGGUGGACGAUGGAGAGGUGGGCUCACCCGACGAGGGGAUGCGCGACGACCCCACCCUCGAAUCCGACGGCGCAUCACCACCACAAGCAGAACCGACACCAUCACCAGCCGCGAUAUCAAACGCCUUUGCAGCCGAUUUCGGGCCUUAGACCCCACCGAGGGCGGUCUCGGAGUCGCGCGCGUGGGAUCAUGACCGAAGAUCACGGGGUGACGGCCUGCUGUACAGAUCAUAUAGAUAGAUUGAAAGGAUAGAUGGGGAGUCUGUAGGAUAGGCCCCC